CGUGUUCUUUGAACAAAAUAAAUUUCAUUUUAGAAAGGGGAAUUUUGACGAAUUGCACGAUGGUUGCCACUAAAAAAACGAAAAAGUCUCAAGAAAGCAUCAAUUCUCGUCUUCAACUUGUCAUGAAAAGUGGCAAAUACACUUUGGGCUAUAAAUCCACCUUGAAGACGCUCAGGCAAGGAAAAGCUAAGCUGGUGAUCAUCUCAAACAACACCCCUCAAUUGAGGAAAAGUGAGAUUGAAUACUAUGCAAUGUUGGCAAAGACUGGUGUUCAUCAUUACACUGGAAACAAUAUUGAGCUCGGAACCGCAUGUGGGAAAUAUUUCAGGGUGUCCGUGCUGAGCAUCACCGACCCUGGUGACUCUGACAUCAUUCGCACCAUGCCAACUGGUCAGGAAUCCCAAGACAAGUGAUCUUGUUCAGGUUGUAAAAUGGCUUGAGUGAAAUAAAUUAAAGUAAAUUUGAAA